AUGACCCCUCUGCUUCGCUGGGUCCGUGCAGCCCUACUGCUCCACCUUCUGUCAGGGGUAUUCAGCGCCCCUAGCUUUGCCGUUCUCGGGGCUUAUGUACCGUCAACCGUUGCGCUCCCGGACUUGUACGAGGCUUCGCUGUCAGACCUGCAGGCGGGGCUCACUGCAGGUCAAUUCUCCAGCGUUGAACUCGUAAAGGCGUACUUUGCCCGUAUCGAAGAAGUCAAUCUCAAUGGUCCCGAAUUGCGUGCAAUUAUCGAGACAAACCCAUCCGCACUCGCACAAGCAGCUGUGUUAGAUCGUGAGCGGAAGACAGUUGGCCCUCGCGGGCCUCUGCACGGCAUACCGAUUCUUGUCAAAGACAACGUCGCUACCGUGGCGGAUGAGGGCAUGAACACGACUGCUGGGUCAUGGGCGCUGUAUAAAUCCGUCGUGCCUGACGAUGCCGGUGUAGUGAAGCGCCUUCGCAAGGCGGGGGCCAUCAUACUUGGUGAGUACUUCGAUACAAUUGAUGUAAAGCAAACCUUUCUGAGUGGUCCCACGCUCGCGGAGACAUCGCCUCAGGUUGGUCUGGUCGGGGAGGGCAGUCCUCGAGUGCCUACUAUCCAGGCGGAGAUCCAUGUGGCUCAUCGGGAGGCUCUGCAAUUUCAACUUCAAUUGGGCUUGCACCGGUGGCCCUCGGCACGGAAACCGACGGAAGUAUUACCUGCCCAGCGAGCUAUAACAAUCUUGUCGGAGUCAAGCCCACUGUUGGCCUCACUUCGCGCGCAGGAGGGAGACGUCGGCCUGAGGAAGAACGCACGAGCAGAGCGUGAGCGUAGAGGCGGCAGGGCUCUGGAGACGCUGAGAGAGCUGGGUGCGACAGUCGUCGACCCAGCGGAUAUACCUUCAGCGCGGGAGAUGAUUGAGGCGGGGACUGAGGCAGUAGUGACCAGGGCAGAUCUCAAGGUGCAACUCAAUGAGUGGUUUGACAGUCUGAUAUCGAACCCCUCUGGCGUAUCCUCUGUUGCAGACCUCAUCAAGUUCAACAAGGAAAAUCCGUCUCUCGAGUCUCCAGAGGGAUACGCAGACCAAUCUAUCCUGACUGCCGCUCAGAAAACCGAGGGAUUGAACUCGACAUACUACGAAGCUCUUGCACGAAACCAUGAGAUGGGUCGCGAGCGGGGUAUUGAUGCCGCCCUGAAACAGUACGCGUUGGAUGCGCUCGUGCUCCCCGCCAAGGGGUUCGACUAUGUCACGAAGCCAUCAGCAAUCGCGGGUUACCCGAUUGUCACUGUCCCCUUGGGAUUUUAUCCCGACAACACUACUAUUGUCAGCGCCGGCCCGGUCACAUUCUACCCUGCACCCGGCAUACCAAUAGGGCUGGCGUUCUUGGGUACGGCGUGGAGCGAGUAUGACCUGAUCGGGUACGCAUACGCGUACGAGCAAAAGACGCAGACACGGCUACAGAGGAUGGCGUACGACGGUGCUAUCCCGCGUACACAAAUCAUGGACGUCCUGGAAGGCGCGUCAAAGGCGAUAUUUGAUGUUGUGAUUUAG